AUGGCAACAAGCUGCUCUCGUGUGGACUUCGCCAGUUUCAAGAUGACGACAUCAUUGCUGCAGGCAGCACGCUGGUCUUUGCCAACUAUUCAGAAAUUUGCAAUGAGGAGACCUGACGAUCCCUUCUGCAUCGAAGAUACCGCGGAGAGGGGCAUUACAUUGGGACAGCUGCAACUGCUAGUGACCUUUGUCUCGAAGAUGGCGAGCAGUUGGUGCGAGACAUUUGGACAACGCGCCGGAAGCUGCUUAGACUUUCACGGCUUCAACCUGUACCACGCGAAUCAUUGGAUCAUCAAGCCAGCGACGGCGGGCUACUAUGGAACAGGCUGCAGCCUCGUAGAGAUCAUGGCGACUCAACUGCAGCUGCCUCAUUGGUUUGUGUCACAUGCUUGGAUUGAGAACCUGUGUGCAAAUUCUUGGCGUGUUUGGAGCAGCAUGCUUGGGUGCGGGAACUGUCUGACAGUACUGCCUAUUGGGUGUGCGCCUAUGCCAACAACCAGCACUGUGUAG